AUGGCGUGCUUCGGCAAUCUUGGCGUGGAUUCCGUCAAGAUGCUCGAGUAUUCCGCUUCCAUCCCUCAAACUGAGGAGAUCCGACCGCAAUAUAACCCUGCAACGUACAUGCUGGAGAUUAUGGGCGCCGGUAUUGGCCGUGACGGCACGACGUUGUACCAGUUGUUGAUGGGCUGCGUGAAGAAGGUUACCCCCACGUCGGUUUUGUCUAAAACAUUAUGGAUUUCAUCGGCAUUAUCAACCGGUACUGGAAGUGACGUGUGCCAAACGCGGGUGUUCUACCGCGAGCGGACGUCGAACUACCUCGAAUACAGUCCAUCACUUUGCUCGCUGGGGUCUUGCACUGGACCACUGGAAACCAUAUUUCUUACUGAAUCGAUUGCACCUGCUCCCAGUAUCUAG